GUAUUUAUUGCACAGUCAAGAGCUUCUGGAAGCCACCGAGAUGUUGAAGAUGAGGAGCUUACACGAAUUUUUGUUAUGAUUCCAAAAUCCUUUACAGAGGAAGAUCUGCGAGAGAAGUUUAAGAUGUAUGGAGACAUUGAAUAUUGCAGCAUUAUUAAAAACAAGACUACUGGAGAAAGUAAAGGUUUGGGCUAUGUGAGGUAUUUAAAACCAUCGCAAGCUGCCCGAGCAAUUGAAGAGUGUGAUCGAAGCUACAGGGCCAUUUUGGCUGAACCUAAAAAUAAGUCAUCUGAGUCUUUUGAACAUGAUUACUAUAGUAAUAACACGAGGCAAGAACCAAGAGGAAAUACACUUCUGUUUUGUGGGCAGCCAGAGUUUUGUAGUUUUGAAAAAAAUGAGAGCAGACUUCAAGAGUUGGUUUCCAAACGUCUGUCUGUGUUAUCGCGGCUUCCCUUUAACCAAGAACAGCUGUUUGCCCUCUUUGAUCUUAUUCCAGGACUGGAAUAUUGUGAUGUUCAGCGAGAUCCUCAUACCAAUAGUGGAUACGCUGUGAUUCAGUACAGUACUGCUGCAUCAGCUAUAUAUGCCAAGUAUAAAUUGCAUGGUUUUGAGUAUCCUCCUGGAAAUCGAUUAACUGUCAUUUUCCUGGAAGAUGGGAGUGAUAGCUCAGACCUCAUCAGAAAAAUGGCAACACAGCUGGUAACAGCACAUGUGUCAUCAAUGUUGCGGAAUAACAAUGCCAUUGGUCAGCAGUAUAGGACACCUCCUCAGGCAUUUGGAGGAACUUCUGGCUCACAGUUACUUCAGCCCCAAACAGAUGCCAUACUUCCACCACACAAAAAAAAAGUUCCACCUGACACUUCUGUGAAGGAAAGGCUUUUCAUACUUUUUCAUCCCCAUCCUUUACCUGUAAAUGUAUUGGAGGAUGUGUUCUGUCGUUUUGGACACUUGAUAAAAGUUUACCUUGUGGCUGGAAAAAACGUGGGCUAUGCAAAAUUUGCAGACAGAGCAAGUGCCAGUGAUGCCAUAACUGCAUUACAUGGGAAGAUUGUGAACGGCGUCAGGCUCAAAGUGAGGUUGGCAGACUCGCCUACAGAAGAAUCUAACAAACGUCAGAGAACUUACUGAGCAGGUGAGUACCUAGUCUGAGCUGUUACUUACACUGAAGUUCAACUACUUGAGAUAGUGAUAGGCACAGUAUUU